CUGAACAACGAAGACAUCUUCAAGUGGAACGUUGCUCUCAUCGUCCUGAACCCAGACUCACUCUACUACGGUGGCUAUUUCAAAGCUACCAUUACUUUCCCAAAGAACUAUCCCUAUGCGCCUCCUGAAUUCCGCUUUGUGCGCACCAUUUUCCACCCAAACAUCUACGAGAACGGCACGGUGUGCAUCUCCAUUCUCCACGCUCCAGGCGAGGACGAGAUGUCAGGCGAGCUAGCCGCAGAACGCUGGUCGCCCGCUCAGCGCGUGGAAUCAGUCCUGAUCUCCAUCCUGUCCCUCCUAGACGACGCAGAGGUCUCGUCCCCCGCCAACGUGGACGCAGCCGUGAUGCUGCGCAAGGAUUUCGAGACAUACAAAGCCAUCGUGCGCGAGAACGUCGAGGCCUCCAAGAUGGACAUCCCAGAGGGCUUCAUCAUGCCGACGCACGAGUCGACCAUGACGAAGAAACCCGCCGCCGUCGAGAAGGACGACGCGGACUUCUGGGCCGAAAGCGACGAUGAUGAAGCUAGGUCGUUUGGCGGCAGUGAUUCGGAGAUGCAGCUCGACGACAACCAGGAAAUCGACCUCGAUGAGAUAUAUGACGAGUUUGACGACACGGACAGCAAUGGCGAUGACGAUGACGAUGAUGAUGACGAUGACGAUGAUGAUGUCUCGUUUCAGGAGAUCGAAGACAUUGAAGAGUACAAGAAGAAGAUGCGAGCGCAGAAGGAGGCCAAGGCGAGGGAGAAGGCGAGGGCGCAGGAACAAGAGCAAGCUGAGGUCCUAGCCCCGGCGCAGAACUAA